GCGGCUGUAAAAUGGAUGGGGUACGAAAGCGAACAAUAAUCAAGUGUAGCGGUUAACUUCAUUAUUGUCUCAUUUUCGGCAUUGCAGAGAAUAACCUGUUCUAAAUGGCUAAUUUGAAGCAGAAUGUGAACAAGGAGAAAGAUCUGGAUUCUGAGAGCGACAGCCCAGACAUCACUCAACAAUCAUUAAGGAGUCAGACACACUCUUAUAGGAACAAUACAUUCAGUCUGCCAGUGCAGCUGUCCUCGGACAGUCUUGAAAAACCUCUAAAUGGAGCCCAGCCGACUCUAUUUGUACGCAGCAGUGUCCCUGCUGUUUCCGCUCCUGCUGACGCAUUGCCUACAGGAGCACUUGUUAAUGGACCUGGUUCACACCCCACCUCAGAUGAGCUCGGUGUCCUGAACAAAAGCAGUGUUUCACUGAGUAAUGCCCUGCACGUGGAGCGAGUAGGAAAGGUUUACAGACCUCAGAUGUCACAGCUGACCAACGAGUCGAGACCAGACACUCGCAAGAACGAGGCAGAGUGUGUCCUGAAAACAUUGUCCAUGCCGGCUGGUGCCGAUGUGUUGUGGUCCAAAGCUGAUGGCAGUGAGUUGGAGGCACAUGGUACCAGUCUGUCCAGGGAGGAUCAGGACAAAAUGCCAAAUGGCCAGACCAGGAUGACAUGGGGCUUUGAUGCUGAGUCUUUGGAUAACUCCUCGGAUGAUUACGACCUGAACUGGGACCACCAAAAGAAGUUCAUGCAGUUCCUGUGGAAUGACCACAGCAAAGAGGACAGUGUGGUGAUGGAGAAUGAAGCAAUGUCUCUGUCUGUCGGCCGAAGGCGAAGAAAGCGCAAAAUGGACACGAUGGAGACGGCAGAUCUUUCAGAAGAUGUUUGCAGCAACUUGAGUCAUACCUCCAAAAGGUCACUAAUGGAUGGUGGCUCUGAUUAUGAGAGCCCCAUUUCCAAUAGAAAAGUGCAUUUCUUCAGGAAAAAGCCCAGUUUGCAGUCCUCUGUGGAUUCAUGUGAGAAGUAUUCCAGCGACACUGUGGUUGCCAUCAAGCAGCUCAUUCUAAGUGCACCAGUGAAAAAGCACCGCAAUGGCAACAGCGUUGGUGAAGCAGACAGCCUCUCCUUGGUGAGUGGCAAACUUAAGCAGUUGAAGAUGGAGCUGUCGACAGGCUCAGAACAACGGCUUUCAUUUUUUCCAUGCGCAAAGUCCAACAUUAAUUUCAAGGAGAAGAAGCAUUUCCAUAAGCAUAUGAUGUAUCAUUUAAAAGGGCAUAAUCAGGUUCAUCACCUAAAUCUGCCACAGCCCUUUAUCUGUAGAGAGUGUGGGUGUUCAUUUUGUGAUCGCAACACCCUUCUCAAGCACAUGAUUAUUCACCAAGAGAGACGAGAAGAGCUGAUGGAGGAAAUCAAGGGACCGAAUGAACUUCAAGACAAAGGCAGGAAUGCGAGAUUGCAGUGCCCACAGUGUGUUUUUGCAACCAGUUGCCCCAAAAUAUUUGUUAAGCAUGCAAAGACGCACAAAAGAGACAAGAGAUACUACUGCUGUGGAGAGUGCAACCUCAUGACUGUGACAGAGCAUGAGCUGGAAGCUCACUUGUACGCUGCCCAUUGUGUCACGUGCAAACCACACUACAUGAUGCUGAUGAAAAGUGACAGAUCAAAGGAACAGGUGAAGUUUGCACCCAAGAAGAACGAUGUAUCAAUAACCAUCUCCUUUCCUUGCAAAAUAUGCCCUUUCAGCACUCAAAGCAAAAAUGUUCUGAAAAAGCAUGUCGAACUAAUGCAUCAGCUACUGUAUCAGGAUGAUUUUGAAAGCCCAUCUUAUAAUGACACUAAUGACUGUGCAGCACCUAUAUAUGAGCAGAGGUUUUUGAGCAAAUCCCAAAAAGCUGAUUCACAAAGGCAUCAAUUGAAGCCAAAAUUUAUUAUAGAGAAGCAGGCUUUCAGGAAAAAAGUGGAAUUGCCCUUUUGGUCUAAUGGCAUAGCUGACCUGUUCAUAAAAAGCAAGUCCUCACAGAAAGCCCGGAAAGGUUUCAACUCCUCUCUGUUCAAAUGGAGUCUUAGCAAUUCAACAAACAAGCUGUCACCAUCCUUGAGAAGAAGUGACAAGCCAAGCAAAUUAUCUCUUCAACUGGCUGAAAAAAUAGACGUAACAGGUCUUCCGUAUGAUGAUGACAGCAAGGAUGACCGAGGAUAUAGAAAAAAUGCAGAGAAGCCAAAAUCUCUCUUAAGCUGCUAUGAGCCGCUUGCAUCCAAAACGGAACCCAGCUGCAUGUACUUUCCAGGCUGUGAUUCUGACAUACUUAAUGGUCAAGGGGAUAGUGAGGACUCUGACAGCAGACACUUGACCACGCAGUCUGGUAUAAAAAAGUCUACUUCCAAAAGAAAAAUGUCAACUCCGUGUCACAACAUUAUGGACAAAGCAGUUCACUUCAUCAUACCAAAACAUGAAAAAACUUCAAAGAGGCAUGAGGUUUCUGAGAAUAGCCAUGAGGACACCUAUGACUUCAGUGACUACACCAGCGAGGCCACCACUAACUUUCUGGGCUGCAGUGAAAAUGAACAGAACCUGUAUGCGCGCAGCUAUUUUAUCUGCAGGCAGAGGCUUCCAGUGAAAGGAGACAGUGGCCCCUCCAGUGUCCCGUCUGAAAAGCAUUGCGAGGAGGAGAAGGGCAGUGAUGAGACACAGAAGUUGGUAGUGAAGGAGGAAUGCGUCAAAAGCGAACUGUCAGGAGAACCGUUGGAAUUGGGCAUGGCUCCGCGGAGUGAUUCCUCAAACUCAUCUCCCUUUGGGAUGGAGCAGAAGUCUUGUCCGUAUUGCCCUGCUGUCUUUGAGUCUGGCGUUGGAUUGUCCAAUCACGUGCGUGGGCAUUUGCAUAGAGUAGGCCUGAGUUAUGAUGCCCGUCACGUGGUGUCGCCCGAGCAAGUGGCCUCCCAGGACCGCCAGCCGCGCAUUUGCAGGAAGAUCACUCUUGUGUCACGCCGAAUCAAAAAAGCAAACAAGCCAGAGUCACAGGCGGAGCACACUUGUCCUUUAUGUGGGGGCUGGUUUGACACAAAGACUGGGCUCUCAAAUCAUGUGCGAGGCCACCUGAAACAGAUUGGGAAGACAAUCUCCAGCAAAAGCAAAUCCCCACUGUGCAUUCUCAAUGAGAUGAUGCAGGAUCAGGAGGAAUACCAGAACAUUUUACAGGUAAUGAACAAGAAACGGUUCCUCUCCAGGCCCUUUGUCCCCCAAAAGUUUGCCAGCAGCGAUGGGCUAUUCCUGACACCUACAGGGAUCCCUGUGAAGAUCCAGCAUGCCAACCGAGGUGGCAGACCAUGGGGGUUGAGCAUGUUGCAACAGGAAGAAGAGGGCCGAGAGAAGAGGCAGACCAAGACGGAGCAUGGGGUGAGGGGGUGCUCCUCAAGCACUUUGAUAGAGCUGCUGAAAAGGAAGAAGCUGGAUGAAGAUCUGGGACUGAAUAAUUGCUCUCAGGUUGCGAGGAAACACCUUGAUACGUCCUGUCCAAAAGACACUGAUGCUCGACCACAGCUCAUGAGGACAGAGCCCAGCUGGACACAAGAGAAAAGUGAAAUAAACAAGAAGGUGUGCGCACACUGUAAUACAACCUUUCCAAGUGCGGUCAGCCUGUCCAAUCACGUGCGAGCGCGUGCAAGACGGAAAAGAGUCGCCUUGCUGGAGGGAACAAGUUAUGACUGUAAACAGAAGAAGCAGAAAUUGAGACCUGGGCCAAAGAAGAAGGUGUUCCCAUUGCCCCAUGGAGCAGAUGAGAUAUACAGGCUCACCUGCAGGUUCUGUGACCUAGUCUUCCAAGGUCCUCUGUCAGUGCAGGAGGACUGGAUUAAGCACUUACAGAGGCACAUCAUGAACACCGGUGUCCCAUGCACAGGGGCAGGCAUGGUGGAGGUGACAUCCCUGUCCAAAGACCUCCCCUCUACGCCUGAGGAGCAGACAGCCCUGCUGGUGCUGCAGGCAGCCUCCUGAGCCAAGGAAUGCACUAUAGUUUAUAGUAUGAACUCACUUUAGGUCAAUAGUGCAUAUGUACACACACACACACACACACACACAUACAGUGUGUGUGUUUUACACACCAUUUCCAUUUUAAAUUUGGCAUUAAUAUAGAUCAUGUUCUGUUUUCUUUAUGUUUUUGCACUUUAAUUAUUAGUGUCAACCCACUAUCAUAUCAACAACCCUUACUUUGUCCAUUUGGUCAAGUGUCAGCUGUAGCAGCCAUACUAAGAUAAUUCCAUCUGUAUUAUGUGAAUGAUGUGGCUGAUACCUUCAUAGGGUGCAAAAUGCAGUUUUGCAAUAAGCUUAAGUUAAACUCACAUGAUAAUACUCUUAUUUUAAAUAUACCAAUUAAUGGUAUUAAUGCAUUUCAUAACUGUAACAUUUUGUACAGUUAAUUACAUUUACAAAUUUUAAUCUUGUUUAAUACUCUUGUGUAACAUUAAUACUGAUGGGCAGCAAUAUCUUCAUUUUCUACACAGAUUACUUGAGUAAAAGUGCAGUUAACACUUGCCAAUAGAUUACUUAUAAAGGCUGUGGCUGACUGCACUCUGUCAGUGGCCUCUUACUAC